ACAGCAACUUUGUAUUUUUACCUUUCUGAAUCCAUCUGGUUUUAGCCUCAUCUUUCUCCUAUAUAUAUUCACACCCAAGAAACUAAACUAGAACUAAGCUGUUUGUUCUGUUGAUUAUAUUUCAAGAUGUGUGGAACAAGAGGAGCGUGGAUAGUAGCGGCUAGCGUUGGAGCUGUUGAGGCUUUGAAAGAUCAAGGUUUCGGCAGAUGGAGUUACACCAUGAGAUCUGUUCACCAGCAUGCCAAGAGCAAUGUGAGAUCUUUCUUGCAAGCAAAGGAACUAUCGCCUUCGUCUUCUGCUAUGGUUUUGAACAAACUGAAAUCCGAAAAGAAGAACCAAGCAGCUGAGGAUUCUCUAAGAAAAGUCAUGUACCUGAGCUGCUGGGGACCUUAAUUAUCUUCUUUUGUAUAAAGCCAACAAGCCCAAUGAACAGUGUUUUUUGGUGUAAAAAAUAACGAAUAGUGGUAGGGGUAUUUUCGUUAUUUUGACAAUUUGUUUUGUAUAGUUUUUAUUUUUAUUUUUAUUAUUAGUACAUCACUAUAGGCUAGCAAUAAUAUGAUUCUAUCAGUUGUUCAUUAAAUA